CGUGACCGAUGGCGAGAAUUAGUGAAAUAUUUCUUACUUUUCUUUAAAUACCUGAUUAAUUUUUCGACCUGGCAACGUAGCUACCAUUUUGACGUAGCGGAUUCGAGGAGCUCAAGGUCAUAUACCUAUUCUACAUGUUUAAUGUUUACCUUUAACGGUUAUAAAUGAAAAUAAUUAAAACAAGAAGUUAUAUGAGACAUGCCUAGCAAGUGUUUUUUGUGUGGUUUCACUUAUAUUGCGGGAGGUGAAGUUAGUCUUCACAGACUUCCAUCGAAUCAACUCGAACGAGAAAAAUGGUUGCAGAGAAUUUCUUGGAACCAACCGAUGUUAGAGAAAAAAAAAUAUUUUCUUUGCUCAAAUCACUUUCCUGAAGAUUGCUUUCGAAUAAUAAACCUAAGGAAGAGGCUUAUCCAAGGAAGUUUGCCUUCUACUUCUGCACUAAAAUUGGAAAUACCUCUGACCUACUCAGUAGGGAAUGGAAGUAUUGAAGAACAGCACUCAACAACAACACAAUCACCAUCAAAAAAACGAUUGGGAUUUGACACUUCAACUACUUUAAGCUCUCCUUCAAAAUGUGCAUCAUCUAGCUCUAGUGGCACUAAGAACAUAAAGGAGAGGCUUAUUCAAGAAGGUUUGCCUUCUGCAAUUGAAUUGGAAAUACCUCAGACCUACUCAGUAGGCAAUGGAAGUAUUGAAGAACAGCACUCAACAACAACACAAUCACCAUCAAAAAAACGAUUGGGAUUUGACACUUCAACUACUUUAACCUCUCCUUCAAAAUGUGCAUCAUCUAGCUCUUGUGGCACUAAGAACAUAAGGAAGAGGAUUAUCCAAGAAGGUUUGCCUUCUGCAAUUGAAUUGGAAAUACCUCAGACUUACUCAGAAGGGAAUGGAAGUAUUGAAGAACAUGACUCUACAGAAUCUCUAUCUGAUUUUAAAAUACAAUCUACAUCAAAAAAACUAUUGCGAUUUGACACUCUAACUACCAAUGAUUCAGAAGAAGUGCUGGCUUCAACCUCUCCUUCAAAAUGUGCAUCAUUUAGCUCUAGUGCCACUUCUUUCCCUGGAGAACACAGAAUCUCUAAAAUAGAGAAGAAACGGUUUUUCUCAAAUCCCCGCUAUAUGGGAGACUAUACACAUCGUCAUUUGGAAAACCCUAUGCUGCGAAAAAAAUACUUUGAAUUAUCUCAAAGAAUUCUGUCCGAUUUGAAGACCAAAAAUAAACUAUUAACAAAUCAAGUGAAACGCCUUAAAUCACCCAUGACAAAAUUACAAGAAGUGAUGAAAAAUAUUCAACACAAUUUCCUGGUGGAAGAAGAUAUGGUAAAUGCAUUAUUAAAUAUCAAUAUGCCAUCGUUUUGUUGCGUGGUUGAUUGUGGUAAUAGAAGACCUCGUGACAAUGUUAAAUUCUUUAGAAUACCUGCCAUACUCAAUUUUACCCAUAAAAAGGUUUUGAAUGAGCUUUCAAAGUUACGGAGAGAAAAAUGGCUAUCAGCUAUCAGAAGAGCUGAUUUAACGGAAAAGAAAUUGAAAAAUGCUGUAGUAUGUUCAAAGCAUUUCGUUACAGGAAAACCAGCAGGUUUGGAAGAUGAUCGCAAUCCUGACUGGGUACCGUCUAUAAGUAUGGGAUAUACAAAAACGGCGUCAGAUAUAGGAAGAUUCAAUAGAGGAAGGAAUAGGAAGAAACUUCAAAUUACUGAAAAGUAUCAUCCUACACGAAGUAGCAGUACGAUCACCUGUAUGGAAGAUGACCUAAUUUCAGGUAAUUGUUCUAACGCUGAUAGUAUGGAUAGUAAUAUAUUAAUGGACAGGAAUGUUUUUCUGCCAACUUUGGAACAAAAUUGUCAUAUCAAAGAAACUAGUCCUUUGACACAAAAGGUCAGUAAAUCAUGGAAAAGGAGCUCAUCUACAGAAGGUUCCAUUGGAGUAAAAAAUGAAAUCUUCAAAAUUCGAAAAACAAAAUCAUUAUCGAACUUAGAUAUUAUUGCUGAAAUGGAUUGUUCAGAAUUUCCAUUAAAUAGAAAUCAGGAUGAAGAAAAAUUGGACACCCCUGAAAACUCUUCAAUAAUUAAUAAUGGUUUCAAAAAUUCUGAUGAAAAAAAAAUUGAAGAAAAGGAUGAAAAUGUGGUAGAAGCACAUCAAGAGGAUGAAAAAUUUUCAGUCUUCUCAGAGAAAGUUGUAAUGUCGAAAAGUCUAUAUUCCCAUGGUGAAGAUCAUAAAGAUAAUAAGGAAGAAAUGGGGCGAUGUUUGAAUUUCAUUGAGAGAGACUUGAUGAGAAUGAUAAUUAGAGUGAACAAUAAAAGAUAUAAGGUUGAUGAAUGCCAAAUUCUUCUGACUCCAUUGACAAAUGAUGAUUCAAAGGAGGUUAGCGUAGUGUCCAUCAAAAACAAUGAUAUUUAUUGUGAAGAGCCAACUAUUAGAGAUUUUCUACUGGAAGGUCAGAAGUCUUACAAGGAUAAAUUGAUAAAAGAAUUGGGAGUUGAAAGGGAAAUCGAAUAUGUUUCUGUUGAUAGCCAUCCAUCAAGUUUAUGCAGUUCUAGAAGUAUUGAUAUGACGAAUAAUUCUUCUGCUUCACACCUUCCUGAGCGUUUGGAUAUCACCAAUGAAAGCUCUCCUAAGGCAAUUCAGCCUCCAAGUAAGAACAUACUCAGCAAUUUGAUGUUGGAGGAUUUGCCCGAAAACUUAAUUCAAGAAAUCCAGUUCAUUAAGAAGGUAUCUUCUCAAGGAUCCGAAUGUGGCGGACCUAUUAUACCCAGCAUCCCGGGAAUGAAAACAGUCCCACUUUACAUUCCUCCUUCUACUGCGAUAGCUGGCCACUUGUUUGUUCCUCGUACUGCUCAACCUUCCCGUCUAUAUUAUCUCCCACAAGAAAUGGUGUUAGAGGAUGUGCAGAGAGCCAUCAAUAAAACAUCUUCCAAUUUGGAGCAAUUUUUAAAGUCCUCAUCAAGCUUUGUAGCUAAGAGUUCCACCUCUUCUCCCAACACUGGCCUUUUCCCUGUGAAUGGCGCCCCACCAGUUAGGAAAAGGGGUAGGCCACCAGGUAGUAAAGGCUUAAAACGUAAAUUUAUGACAAUGGAACAUUCUGAGAUCUCUCAAGUUACUGGUGUUCAAACUGGAUGUAGCUACCAAAAUAACAAUGGCUGUAAGAAGCUUAAAAAUGACUUAACUAGAAAAUCUCGUGAUGAUCAGGAUGAAGUUGAAGAACAUGAGGAGGUCAUGAGAGAAACCAGGAUAGUACCUACCAUGGUGGUAUGCGACUAUUGUGAAAAAUCCUUCAAAGUAGGAACAAGUCAUAAAUGCUUUAAAAAGAAAGCAUUGAAAAAGGAUCAAAAAGUUUUGAACUGUGAAAUAUGCGACAGAUCAUUUUCCAAACAAGCACAUUUGUCAAAUCACAUGAGAUCACAUAGGGAAUAUCUCAAAGCAACUGUUAAGUGCGAAUUGUGCAAUAAAAGAUUCAAUAAAAAAGGAGAGAUUGCUUUGCAUAGAGCUGAGUAUCACCCAGAAACUCUUCUGACGUAUUCUUGCAAUCAGUGUGAUGAAAAAUUCAAUUCCUUACCUAAAUUAGAGAAACACAAAAAAACUCAUGCUAAGGAUUUUAUUAAAUGGUGUUCCCACUGUAGUGCCAGCUUCGAAUUAAAUUAUUUCAAUCGUAUCCAUCAACACGAAUGCGAAGGAAAGGUUUCAAGAGAUGACACUAAAACAGAUGGACAUGACACAGUUAUUUUGAAAAAUACAGCUGUGAAAACUGUGGUGGUUGAAGAAGAAGAUGAUGAUGAACUCGUUUUUGAAGAGGUAGUUCUACAGGAACAUAUAAUGAAGUUAGAAGAGGAAGAAAAUAAUUCAAAUAUAAUAAUACGAGAAAGGACCGAUUCUGAAAGUUCCGAUCAGAGUUCAGAGUUUAUAUAUGGACAGGAGGUUGUGAUAGAAAAUAUUGAAAAUGGAUACACGAGGAAUGACAUUGCUAUGGAAGAAAUGGAUAUUUAUGAAUCUACGUAGAUUCUGCAAUUUUAAUUAUGUUUCAGUGAAGAAUUUGAACAUAUUCUUUGUAUAUAUUAUGAAGGACUUGCUUUCAUUGGAAAGUUGUACAUAAACAGUUAUGUAUAUUUGAUUAUAUUAUUUCUGAAAAAAAAAAAAUGUAAUUUUUUAAUAGCUAUUUUCAUAUUGAUAAUUUCAAAUUAAAAUCAUCAAUUUUA